AUGGCCACCGCAGACCCAAUUCCCUCGUCAUCACCGGCAUUUGGGACCCCGGCGCGGCCUUUUCGAAUCCCCAAGGCGAAUGCGCCUCCACCCAAAACCUCGAUAUUGCCGAUUUUACUUCCUCCGUCAACACUUCGACCGGUCGCUUUCCGUACCUUUACCCGCAAGCACAACCUGACAAUUUCGUCUUCGGCCCUACAAACAUUGGCGGCUUUUGUUGGCAAGAACUGUGGCUCAGGCUGGCGCGAAGAAGGUCUGGCAGAGCGCGUCCUCGAUGAGGUGGCUAAGAUCUGGAAGAGGGCCGGCGGAGGAGUCAUUGUCGAGGAAGGAAAAGGCGCGUCCUUGAAAGCAAUAUUGCAGACCCUGGAGGGGAGCAUGAGUGGUGGGAGAGUUCUCGCCGGGCGGCUGAAUUCUUACGAUGGGCCCGUCAAGACGUCCAGAAACGGAGAGGGCACAAGAAUUGAAUCGCUCAGCAGUCAUACGAACGGCUCCUUUACUACUGCCCAAGGAGACGGCGAUGAAGACGAAUCGCACCUGUCACUUCACCCCAGAACCUGGCUCAAGGUUAUUGCAGCUUCUGACAUUCCGCGCCUGACCUAUAAUAUCGACAAAAAGUAUUUCGAGGCUACGAAGUCGAAGCCCACUUUGUUUCCACCACCAUCCCACAAGACAGCUCUGUUCAGAGAUCGAUACAACCUUGUUUACCAGCGCCUACUUCGCAACGAGUCUUUCCAAACUUCCUCGGGGAUCACAGGUGUUCCUUUGCUGCAGCGUUCAUCAUCUAACCUGGCGACCCAGCAGAGCUACAAGCUCACCCCAAUUGCCAAUUUACUUGGCAGGAGCGGCACCUCACAUCUGCUCCUCGGCUUGCUUUCUAUCUCUCCGACUGGGGAUUUGUCUCUUGUGGACCUAACGGGAAGUGUAGCCCUGGACCUCAGCCAUGCACGGAUGAUACCUGAAGACGGCGCCUGGUUUGCGCCCGGGAUGAUUGUGCUCGUAGAUGGUAUCUACGAAGAGGAAGAAAUGGUCAAGGGGUCCGUUCUUGGUGGCAAUACGGGGGUUGGGGGGCUAUUGGCGGUCAUUUUGUUGGAGUAUCGAUUUGUGGUCCGCCGGACCGGCAAUCGUCAAGGUGGAGGAGAGAUCAGCUCGAGUGGAGGGUUUGGAUGGGUCGACUUCCUAGGGCUUGGAAGUGAACGUGCACAAGGUGUCCGAAUGAGAAGAAUCCAAGAAAAGUGCCUCCGAGGCGACCUGGAUAUGACGGAGCCAACGGCUCGGCUUAAGGUUGCGGUGUUGAGCGAGGUUAACCUCGAUAACAUGAGAACCUUGGACGCUUUGAAAAAGGUCUUUGGUGUCUACAAUGAUCUUUCUCGCGUUGAGCGCCCCCAGGUCUUCGUCAUGAUGGGCAACUUCGUGCAAAAGGCCAUCAUCAGUGGCGGUGGUCGGGCUGGAAGUAUUGAGUACAAGGAAUACUUUGACUCGCUUGCGGUGGUGUUGUCGGACUUUCCGGCGUUGUUACAGUAUUCCACUUUUGUUUUUGUCCCCGGCGACAAUGACCCGUGGGCCUCGGCAUUCUCAGCUGGAGCUGCGUCCACAAUUCCUCGCCAGCCCAUCCCCGAAUUGUUCACCUCCCGAAUCAAGCGUGCAUUCGCAACUGCCAACUCGGAGCUUGGGCGUUCAAAUUCAUCUGAACCCGUGGGAGAAGCGCUCUGGACGUCGAACCCAACACGUCUGACAUGGUUUGGACCAGUACACGAUAUUGCCAUCUUCCGUGAUGAUAUCUCAGGGAGAUUGCGACGCACCGCAGUGAACACCAAGUCCGAUGACGAGCCUGAUAUCACAAUGCAUGAAGCACUCGAUGGCCCUACGGGCAGCGCGGUUUCCAUCACACCUAACGAAGAAACCGAGCCGGUAGCCCAGGCCACUAAUCUUCGAACAGGUGCCGCUACCUCUAUGGCGCGCAAGCUGGUCAAGACCAUCUUGGACCAAGGGACAAUCUCCCCGUUCCCACUUCCCUUGCGACCCGUCCUGUGGGAUCAUGGGUCUGCCUUGCAAUUAUAUCCGCUGCCGACGGCCCUCAUUCUGGCAGAUGCCGAGGCGUCUCCGUUUUGCAUGACUUACGAAGGUUGUCAUGUCAUGAACCCUGGACGGUUGACUCCGGAGGGCGACAUUCCCACAGUGAGAUGGGUCGAGUAUGAUGUAUUGAGGAACCGUGGUAAAGUGAGGGAGGAGCGGUAUUAG